AUGGCGGGGAUGGAGGCCUUCGAGGCCUACUUCCGCCGCGCCGACUUGAACCAGGACGGCCGCAUCAGCGGCCAGGAGGCCGUCGCCUUCUUCCAGGGCGCCAGCCUGCCGCAGCAGGUCCUCGCCCAGGUGUGGAUGCACGCCGAUCAGAGCAAGACCGGCUUCCUCGGCCGGCCGGAGUUCUUCAACGCGCUGCGGCUCGUCACCGUGGCGCAGAGCGGGCGCCAGCUCACACCCGACAUAGUGCAGUCCGCGCUGUAUGGCCCUGCAGCUGCCAGAAUUCCGCCUCCGAAGAUUGCCGGCGGGCCGGCCCCUCCGCAGGCGGCCGCUGGUGCUCCUAGGCCCCAAGGUAAUGCUGCUGCGCCGGCACCCGCUCCGGGGCAGGCUGGAGCUGCGCAGAUGAAUCCGGCAGCCGCUGCGCCGAGGCCCCAGGGAAGUGGUAUGAUGCCGACUUCUGCUGCUGCUCCGAGGCCCCAGGGAAGCGGUAUGAUGCCGACUUCUGCUGCUGCUCCGAGGCCCCAGGGAAGCGGUAUGAUGCCGACUUCAACUCAAUUUGCCGGUGCACCGCAGGCGAGCGCCGGAGCUGUUCCGAGACCACAAGGCGUCAACUCGAUGAUGCCGGCUGCAAGUCAGGGCGGCGCCAUGCCGCCAAAUCAGUUUACGGCGCCGAGGGGCAUUCAGUCACAAUCUCCCAACAUGGGUUAUGCUCAGCAGCUCCUCGGUUCAAGCACUGGUUUCAUGAGGCCACCACCUCAGGUGGGAGCUCCUGCAACAUCACUUCAAGCAACCGGAAUGAAUCAAAGUCCACUGGGUGGAGGCAGCAUGGGAGGAUCAGUUGGCUGGCAAGGGGGUAAUGUUGGUUCAUUUGGAGGUAUCUCACAACCCUCUCCAGGAGCAGCUGUUCUUUCACAGACAACAUCAGGUGGAUUUGGUCUUGGAAUGUCGAGCUCAAUGAGCAUGGUUCCUGGACAGCAGACACAUGCAAUGUCCUCUUCAUCGUUGCCUCCACAGAGCAACAGUGCUGUAUUGCCUUCAGAUUCAAGAGCUUUGGUGCUAUCUGGAAAUGGCCCUGCCAGUGGCUCAGGAGCAAGCACUGACAUCUUCUCUGCUCUUACUCAGCCAAAGCCAAGUACAUCCACACCUGCACUUCCGACCAGCAAGAUGCCCAACUCAUCGAGCUUUAUGUCCAAGCCGACUGGCUCCCAGAACCUGGCUAAUCUAACACAGCCUGGUUCUCUCCAAGGUACUCCAACAGUGAGUUACGGCACCAGCCAACCUCAGCAGACACAGCCCAUCACAAAGCCAAGUGUUCCAUCUCCAGGUGUUUCUGCCGGCGUUUCUAAUUCCACUUCUCAAUGGCCAAAAGUUACUCAAUCCGAUAUCCAGAAGUACACGAAAGUCUUUGGGGAUGUGGAUAGGGACAGAGAUGGCAAAAUAACUGGCGCAGAAGCUCGCACUCUGUUUCUCAGUUGGAGACUUCCAAGAGAUGUACUGAAGCAAGUGUGGGACUUGUCUGACCAAGAUAAUGACGGCAUGCUUUCUCUGAGAGAGUUUUGCAUUGCUCUUUAUUUAAUGGAGAGGAACCGAGCUGGAACUCCUCUGCCUCCAUCGCUCCCUGACUCUCUUAAAUUUGAUGAGACACUGUUACGAGCAACAGGCUUGCCUUCUACAGCUUACAAUGCCCCAUCAUGGCAGCCUAAUCAAGGAUUACUGCAUAGGGGACCUGGCGCACCUGGGUUGCCUACUGGUGGUGUACGGCCACCCUUGCCUCAAAUGCAUUCACAGACUGAUGGAGCAACAAGACCAGGGCAACCAAGACCUCACAUGCCUGGUAUGGAUAAUCAUGCAGCAGCUCAAGGAAUUAAAGAUGACAGAAGUGGGGUAAACUCAGCUGCACAGGAGGCUCCUAAGAAGGUUGAGGUGGAGAAGCAGGUCCUAGACUCCAGAGAGAAAUUAGAGUACUACCGCUCGAAAAUGCAAGAUCUUGUUCUGUAUAAAAGUCGAUGUGACAAUAGACUGAAUGAGAUCACAGAAAGGGCGUCUUCUGAUAAACGUGAGGUGGAAUUGUUGUCUAAGAAAUAUGAAGAAAAAUACAAGCAAGUGGCAGAGUUAGCUUCCAAACUGGCAGUUGAGGAAGCCGCUUUCCGUGAUGUUCAGGAGAGGAAAGUUGAGCUGAAUGAUGCAUUAAUUAAAAUGGUACAAGGUGGAAGUGUUGAUGGUUUGCUUCAGGUUCGAGCUGAUCGAAUCCAACAUCAAUUAGAGGAGAUGGAGAAAGCUUUUAACGAACGGUGCAAGCACUUUGGACUGCAAUUCAAGCCAUCUGCAACAGUCGAGCUUCCAUUUGGUUGGGAACCUGGGCAGCAAGAGGGAGCAGUUGAGUGGGAUGAAGACUGGGAUAAAUUUGAGGAUGAAGGGUUUGGUCUUGUAAAGGACAAUGGUACAAUUGUCGAAAACCCAGCUUCUGCUGACAUUGCAAAUGCAUCAUCUCUUUGGGAUGACGGUGUCUCUACGGAUGGGAUGUCCCCUGUUGCAUCUUCUAAUGGUCAUAUCAAGGAUGUGAGACAUUACAGAGCUGGUGAUCAAGCGCCUGAGAGUGAAUUAGCAUAUGAUUUUGGUGAUGAACCUGUAAGGAGCCCCGGCAGUGCUGGAAGAAGUGCCUCUGGGAGUCCAUUUAAGUCUUCUCGUUUUGGGGUGCAUGACUCGUCUCCCACGAAAAAAGGAACCUACAGUGACCAUGGUGGCUCUGAGUCCGUUUUUGGAGAUAAUUAUGGUGAUGAGACUACAUGGAACUUUGAUGACCAAGAUACUGAAUCAGUUUGGGGAUCUAAUGCAAUGAAUGAGCCUGGACAUCAUGGAAGCAACUCUUUCUUUGGGUCAGAUGACUUCAAUGUGGACCCUGUUAGAGUGGGCUCUCCAACUGGCGCUAGUGCCUAUGGAAAGAAGAGCACAUUCUUUGACGAUUCCGUCCCAAGUUCCCCUGCAUACACGUCUGGAUUCUCACCGAAGUUCGGUGAAAGUCGUGAUGAUAGCUCCUCCUACAACUUCGGAAGGUUCGAUUCCUUCAGAUCCCAAGACAGCACCGUCCCACAGGAAAGCCGCUUUUCCAGGUUUGACUCUGUAACCAGCUCCAAAGGCGAGAGCGCAGCGGGAUUUGACUCGUCAAACAGCUCGAGAAAUUUCGGCCGGUUCGAUUCUUUUGAUGAAGCCGAUCCUUUUGGCUCGACCGGGCCUUUUAAAGCAUCAGGAGCGCGGUCGCCCCCCAAAUUCUGA